AUGAAUCAGAUUUCAGGAACAAUCCCACCACAAAUCGGCUCAAUAAAAAAGCUUGAGGUCUUCCACAUCUUUGUCAACCAAUUAAAUGGUUCCAUUCCGGGAGAAAUAGGUCACCUAAGGUGUCUUACUGAGCUAGAUUUUAGUACUAACAUUCUUAAUGGUUCAAUUCCUGUUUCAUUGGAGAAUUUGAACAACUUGUCUUAUUUGCAUCUUUAUGAGAAUCAGCUCUCUGGUUCCAUUCCUGCAGGAAUAGGAAAACUCGUCAAUCUUGUUGAACUUCAUCUUGAUACAAACCAAUUAACAGGUCAUAUUACUCCAGAAAUAGGUAACUUGAUCAAUGCCAAAUCGUUCUUUGCUUCAUCCAAUAAAUUGUCUGGUCCUAUUCCUGCUGAAAUAGGUAAGAUGAAGUCACUUAAGGAGUUAAGCUUAUUCGAAAACAAUCUCUCUGGUCCAAUUCCCAAAACAAUAGGUGACUUAACUGAGCUCAAACUCUUGCACCUUCAUGCCAACCAACUUUCUGGUCCCAUUCCUAGUGAGUUAGGGAAUUUGAAAAAACCUGAGUGA